GUAGGUGGAUGGCGACUAUCAUAUCCGAAAUGACCUUGGUGCGAUCGAUUAUGUCCUAAACGAAUGGUUUGAAAUUGUACAUAUAUUACUCACUUAUCGUAUGUAGAAUAACAGAAUUUUGGGUAAACGUACGAGAACUACAGAAAAUUCCAUCAUGGCAUAUCCUCAAAAUUCAUACCUUCAAACCACCUUCACCACCCCAGGAUUCAUUAGUCGAAGACGAGAAGUCGUGUAUUCAACAACACUAUUAUACCAGCUGAAAGUUUUGAAAACGACAGGAAGAUACGAUGCGUUUAAAUUAAAAUGGCAUGCAUCAUACCACGAUGAACCGGAUGUUUGGCCAGUGCCUAACCAUUUAUUCUGGGAUUCGGAUGUUGCGAAGUGGAUCGAGGGAGCUUGUUAUUUCUUACAGUAUAAAGAAAAUCAGGAGAUUGAUACCGCGGUCAAAGAGUUGGUGGAUAUGAUUAGAUCUGCCCAACAAGAUGAUGGAUAUUUGAAUAUUCACUUCACCGUGGUGGAGCCUGGAAAGAGAUUCACGAAUCUGAGGGAUCUACACGAAUUAUACAAUGCUGGUCAUUUGAUCGAGGCAGCGCUUGCACACAAUCAGUGUUAUGGGAAUAAUCUCUUACUAGAACCCAUUCUGAAAUACAUAGAUUUAUUAUCCUUGACAUUUGGACCAAACCCAGAACAAAAGCACGGAUAUCCUGGGCAUCCUGAGAUUGAACUUGCUCUUCUAAGAUUGUAUGAAAAGACUAGAGAUCCCAAGCAUCUAGAUUUCGCAAGAUAUUUCAUCGACGAGAGGGGAAAUCCAAAGGGGCAAGCUGGUCGGCAUUAUUAUGAUGUGGAGGCUGAAAUGAGAGGGGACCGGCCAGAUGAAAUGCCAAAAUAUUUUCCUGAAAAGCAAAGCUAUUGGUAUCAACAAGCACACAAGCCACUAGUUGAGCAAGAAACCAUUGAAGGUCAUGCUGUUCGAGCAAUGUACUUAUUGACAGCUGUGUCUGAUCUCGUACGAGUUGAUAACUCAGAAGAUACCAAGGCAAAAAGAACUGCAGUGGAACGACUAUGGAACAAUAUGGUACAAAAGAAAAUGUACCUGACAGGAGGUAUUGGAGCCAUAAAGCAAUGGGAAGGUUUUGGGAUCGAUAAUUUUCUACCUUCGAGCACUGAUGAGGGGGGAUGUUAUUCCGAGACUUGUGCUUCUAUAGGAGUCAUGAUGCUUGCCGAAAGACUUCUGCAGCUUGAUUUGGAUGGCAAAUAUGCGGAUAUCAUGGAAUUGUGUUUUUACAACGCCGUCUCCACUGGUAUGUCAGAAGAUGGAAGCAAAUUUACAUAUGUAAACCAGCUUGCGUCAAGCGAUACAGAUUUAUCCCGACGAGCAGAGUGGUUUACGUGCGCUUGCUGUCCACCUAAUGUUGCUAGACUUCUGGGAUAUAUUGGAGGAUAUCUCUGGACUUCCUCUAGCGAUGAAAAAAAUAAUACCGUAGAAGUAAAUGUCCACACUUAUGCUUCCGCAGUGUUAAGUAUUCCGGUAGGAGAGUACACGGUGCAACUCGAACAAAAGACAGAUUGGCCAUGGGACGGGAAUAUCCAAUUUGAGCUUAAGAGCCCCGAAGCAAUAUCAACAACAGUCAGACUAAGAAUACCCGGGUGGGCGGAAGAAUGGACAAUUUCUCCCGAAUUUGAACGAUACGGCUCAAAAGUAACGAAAGGGUACUUAACUCUUUCCCCGGACUAUCUGAGAACGAAUCCAUCUUUUCAGCUAAACAUCACUCUGAAACCGCGAUGUAUAUCACCACAUCCGUACACAAAUCAAAACAUCGUAGCGCUAGCUCGUGGCCCUAUACUCUACUGCGCGGAAGAUUUUGACAACCCAUGGGUAGAUGAUCACUUCAAGAGUCUCGUUCUAGAUACAGAGUGUGAAAUAACGGAAACCGACGUCAAUUCUGCUGAACCAUAUAAGGAAUUGACCGUACGUGAUGGUGCUACACUGUUUAAAAUCCCAGAACAGUCGGGACCAUAUCUAGCCCAUAACGAGGACAAUUUUGUCAAGGUUGAUAUUCGAAGGCUUCACUUUAUUCCAUACGCUCUUCGAGAUAACAGAGGUGGAAAAGGACAUAUGAGGGUAGGCAUGCGGCGAAAAACUACACGAGUGUAAACAAUGAUCAGAUUGUUGACCUCAAAUGCAUAUCAUGUGGAUUUUGUCAGGCACGAAUUUUGAUGUAGAAUAUUGAUAUCUGAUUCGCCAAAAUAAUAAUUCGUCUCAGAAGACGCUCAAAAAUCCA